UUGCUUCUGAGCUCUUGUAGAGUGAGGAUAUACUGGUCAAGUUUUUCAAUAUUUCGUACGGAGCUCUUGGAAUUUAGCCGGCUUUCUGAGCAACAGAUCCUGAUUUAAAUGUGUGACAAAUUCAAACUCUGAACAAAGUGAUUGAUUGUUUGUUGUGUAAAGAAGUAGUGGACAAUUAUUUUCGUCGAGAAACACUUUAGUGAAACGUUAACCUUAAAUGUGCGGUGACAACUGAGUUUGUUCCUGAACUUUCGGUGGUGUUUUGGACAGUUUUGUUGCUGAAAUUCAAUUUGGGAACCAUGAAUCUGAUGUGUUGUGAGCGAUUGACGCCCGACAGUAACUUCGGGUAUCGCGAUCCCGUGAUUUUUGAGGAGGAACGGGUUCUCGAUAAUUUGCUACAAGAGGAGGACAUGACGAUACCGUCCUGUAACUAUUUUGAAAGUGUGCAGAAAGAGUUGAAACCGUUCAUGAGGAAGGUGGUCGUAUCGUGGAUGCUUGAGGUGUGCGAAGAACAGAAAUGUGAAAACCAAAUUUUUCCGCUGUCCAUAAACUUCCUGGAUCGAUUUCUGUGUGUUUGCCCCAUCAAAACGACACAACUGCAGAUUUUGGGAGCUUCCUGUCUGCUUGUCUCAUCCAAAGUACGACAAUGUCACGCGUUGUCUGUCGAUUUGCUGUGUGACUAUACCGAGAACAGUAUUACGCCCAAAGAUUUACUGGACUGGGAAAUGCUGCUACUGUCGAAGCUGAGUUGGCGACUGACAGCCAUCACAGGGUAUGACGUCAUGGAUCACAUGAUUCAUCGGCUGGCCUGGUCACGUGACGAUGUCGCCCUCAGGAGUCACUCACAGUCCAUGAUCGCUUUCUGCUGCAUUGAACUGGACUGGAUGCGCUGCAAGCCGUCACUACUAGCCUCUGCCAGUCUGGUAGCCGCCGCCAGUGGCCUCAAAAUGGGAUCUCUGCCAGAUCUCAUCCCGCAAGUCUGCCAUCUGUCCAACUCCAAUCCCGACCAAGUGCACUGGAUCGUUCUGCAACUGGAACGCAUGAUCGCCGAGUCCGUCGAAAUCACACUCAAAGUGCCGGUCAGAAGCUCUUCGCCGGAUUCAAAUCUGCCGCCAAACAAGAUGGCCGCCGCCGCCACCGAACAAGUGCUGUCACCUAGCGGAGCAGCUGAGAACCAGCAGCCGACAACGCCGACCGAUGUGCAAGAGGUGCACUUUUGAAAGUGCGACGAGGAGGGGGAAUCUGAGAUGACGUCAUCGACACAACAGCAAAGUAGUGGGCAAGUUUGAGGUUAGGUUGGGUUGAGUGUUGAAAAGGUUUCAUUAUAAACUGCAUUUAAAGUAUUAAUACCAUACAGUAUCCUGUGUUAUAUGAUAUAGAAUUCACAGAAUAGGUUGCAACAAUGAAUAAUUCUAUACACACUCCACUGGGCUACAUAUUAUAUAUAUGAUGAGAAUCUUGAGGUUAGGUUGGAUUUUACAAAGGUAACAUUUAAACCUGUAUUUGAAGUAUAUCAUCAAUAUAUUAUGUUAUAUGAUACAGAAUUCACAGAAUAGGCUACAGCAAUAAUGAAUUCUAUGGGUACACACUCCACUAAAUAUUAUAUAUGAUGAUAAUCUUGAGGUUAGGUUAGGUUGGAUGUUACAAAGUUUUCAUUGAAACCUGUUUUGAAAGUAUUAUAUCCAUUAUAUUAUGUUAUAUGAUACUGAAUAGGCUACAGCACUGAAUUCUAAACUAUACAGUUCAAUGCACCAACUUUCAUGUUAUAUGAUGAGAAUUUUGAGGUUAGUUUUUACAAAGAUUCAUUGAAACCUGUAUUUAAAGUGUUAUAUCUUGUCAUAUGAUACAGAAUUCAUGAAAUGAGCUAAAGAACUGCAUUCUAUAGGCCUACUACAUGCUUGUAGUUCACUGGGCUACAGAUUAUACAAGAAGAAUUUUGAAAUUAAGUUGGGUUGGGUAACAUUGCAGAUAUACCAACUUUUAAAUAUAUUGGAGGUAAGAUAUGAAUAGAGAGAGGUUAUACAGAAUAGGACACAAAUUUAACAUGGAUAUUUGAAGUUAUCAUAAGGAACUUUUAUUGAAACAAAAUAACAUUCAAGUACCAUAAGGUAGUCUGACUGUGGUUAGAUGUUACAGUAUUACAAUUGUUAACUGUAACUGAAGUUACAAUUGUGUAUGACUUCCAAUAUAUUUUGCAUUUAUUGUAAACCAAAAUACAAAUGGUUGUGUAGCUCUAUGGAGAACUCUACUCUCUGACUUGAAAAACUUCAGUUGACUGAAUUAGUGCGCAUAGUAUUUUUGGAAAUUUUAAUAUUUGAUUUCAUUGUCUUGAUGCCUUAUUGGGCAAUUUUCUGUUGAAUAGAUUCUUCUAGUACAGUACUUGACUUUGUGUAUUAAUGCGCUUAAUAUUUUUGGAAAUUAUAAUCUUUGAUUUCAUUAACUUGAUGCCUUAUUAGGCAUUUUGUUUGUUGAGUUAAUUAUUUUUUAGUAUUUGACUUGGUGAAUUAAUGUGCAUAAUAUUUUUGGAAAUUAUAAUCUUUUAUUCAAUUGACUUGAUGCCUUAUUGGGCAAUUUUUUAUUCAGUAAAUUGUUUUAGUACUUCAAUUUGUGAAUUAAUGUGCAUAAUAUUUUUGGGAAUUAUAAUUUUUUAUUCAAUUGACUUGAUGCCUUAUUGGGCAAUUUUUUGUUGGGUAAAUUGUUUUACUACGGGAUGUUUCAUAUAAUUAUUUUAUUCGACUUAUUUGAGUGGGAUAAUUAUAUUAUUACAGUAUAAAUUAAUAGGUGAAAUUAAUUAAUAGAUUUUGAAUUUCAGAAGGGUUGAGUCCUUAUAAAAGAGCUGCUUGACUGCAAAAACAUUGCAUGUGACUAUUGUUCAAGUCUUGUGAACAAUAUUUUUGUAAAAACCGAAAGAAAUGUAUUUUACUUUCUGGUGAGAUUUUCUCAUUAUCAUUAUUAACCCCCACUAAUCCAUUUAUGCACUUUCAUAAUCAUUUAUUAAAUAUAUUGGAUUGUACUGGAAGACUGAUACUUAUAUAAUGUUAUGAUGAUUCUAUUACUCACUAUAGAUCACACGAAAGAUGUAGCCUGAAUUGAAUAUUCCUUAUUAUAUUUCUACAUUGAAUUAAGUAUCUAUUCUCAAAAAAUAAUUUGUUAUACUUUGAUACUCAAACCCAAACCUCAAAAGUGAUUAAAUAUGAUGUAGAUAAAAAUACAUUGCUUUGCUGGUAUGUGAUUCCUCCUUCUCUUGAACAAAUAUAUUUUGUUAUGUGGUAUAAAGUUGUUGUAUUAUAUAUAUUUUGUACUGUUUCAUAUUGACGAUAUGUAUUUUUUGUACAUUGAACUUAGAUUAAGUACAAUAAACCAAAAAUAACUAUAUAUAGGUGUAUCAUUAGUUGGUUAAUAGUAAUUAUUAUUUAUACAGUAGUAAUAAUAGUAAUUAUAUUGAGAACUUAGUUAUUAUUUUGUACUUACAUUCGAUCUCAGUUAAUUGAUUUUGUAUGAUACUACUGUGUUCAAAACUAUUUUUUUUUCAUUUUGUGUGAUUACUUAUUAUUUUGUAUCUACAAUAUUUUCUCCCAAAAUAUUCAUUGUUAUCAUUAUGUAUUAUUAGUUGUACAGAAUCUUUAACCAUGUAUGUUAAUUUGUUACUCAUACCAAAAAUUAGAAACAAGUCAAAUGGUUUAAUUCCAUUAUUGUCUCAUUUCUCAAUAAUUUUAUCACAUUAGUUUGUGUUUUGUCUUGUAUGUUGUUUAAUACUGAAGUCGUAUUGAUUAUUUGUAUUCACUGUAAACUACAUCCAAAGAUAUUCUAUUCUAAUUGAUUAGGCUAGAUUUCUGCAUUUGUUUUUUUUCUGCCAGAUAUUCAAUUGUACUCAAUCUUUCUAUAAGUAGCCUAGUAAAAAAAUUGAAAUAUUUGUGACUUCUCUAUAAUUGCUCUGAACUUAACGUGACAGUGAAUUUCAACGUUUUUGGUAUUCAAUAUUGAUUUUUUCCGUCAUUUUUCUUAACUUUCUCGAUUCAAUUCUCUUAUUUCAAUUCAUUCUAUAAACUUUCUUUUCAUAGUAAAAGAAUCUUCAAAGUGAAAAUUUCAAAAAAGAUAUAUUGCAUUAUACUAUACUGAGAGAAAAUUACUAAAUACUGUAACCUAAACAAAUAUUAUUAUUGGAUGGGAAAUUUAAUGUUAUAGCCUAAACCGGGGUUUUCUUUCACAAUACUCAAUAUUUAUAUUAUCUUACUCUAACGUGUUUGGGACUUACUUUAUUAUGCUUAAGUCAUGUAUUAUUUUUCUUAUAAAACAUACAGAAUAAUUUGUGUAACCUUAUUGUAUCGUAUGUUUUUCCCACAAUUACAGUAUUUAUGAACUUGGAGGUUGGAGGAGUCUCUUAAUUGAUUUCUCUAUGAAAUAUAAGCCUUUAUUCAUUAUUUUCAAGUUCUAUAAUUUUUUUCAUCUCAUAAAGUACACUUCUUAUUACAUAUUUAUUUUUCGUUUUCAUUUUGAUUUUUCAAAUCUUUGGGUUACAUCAAUAACCUGAUAUAAUGAUUUUUUCUAGACUUGACAUGAUAUUUGAAAAUCAUUACUUCAUUAUCAAUAAUCAUUAAUGAACUAAAUUGUUGUAUUCAUAUAAACUAAGGUAAUUUUGAUGUGCCUUUCAGUAAAAUAAAAAAAAUUGAUUAGGCUAAUAUGUUGUUAUUAAUGAUUAAUUAUUGGAAAGUUUUUUCAUGAUGAUUUGAAGUGCCUUGAAAUUCAAUUUUCGAUGUUAUAUGAAAGAGUAUAUUCUUCUAUUUACUAGACGAUUUCUGUAUUUGAACAUCGAAUCUCUUUCAUAAGCCAUUCCAAAGUGCCUUGAUAGACAGUACCUAAGAAACUAAUUAGCCUAUACUGUUUCUUAAUCUUGUACUUAUACUGAUUAAUAAAAUAAUAAUGUUUCAGUAUGUUUUGAAAAACCAAAAAACAAAACUUAAAAAAAUAUAAUUUAUUAUAAUAAUUCUUGAAAACUAAAAUUUUCCCAAAAAAAUGUUAAAGCAUGAUCUCGUUGGCUGGUUCACUUUAAAAACUCUAUUGUUAAACUAGAACCUAUUGGUGUUGGAACAAGAUAAAAUUCUGAAUAAUUCUUAAAAAAUUAAAAUUUGAAAAAAUGUUUAAGCAUGAUAAAA